AAGCACAGCCAUCACUGAAGACAGACCCACAGCCAUGAUUGCAGACACAACCACAGCCACCAGUGCAGACACAACCACAGCCAUGACUGCAGACACAGCCACAGCCAUCACUGCAGACAGAACCACAGCCAUCACUGCAGACACAACCACAGGCACCACAGCAGACAGAACCACAGCCACCAGUGCAGACACAACCACAGCCAUGACUUCAGACACAAGCACAGCCAUGACUGCAGAAACAACCACAGCCACCACUGCAGACACAAUCACUGCCAUGACUGCAGACACAACCACAGCCACCACUGCAGACACAUCCACAGCUAUCACUGCAGACACAGCCACUACUGCAGACAGAUUUAAAACCAUCCCUGCAGGGAGCAUUGCAGCGGUUGCGCCUGAAUUCUCAGUGAGUCCAGCCAAGGAGGCAGGAGAUGUCCUCCCUGCAGGCUCUACCAUUUCUCUGAAACCAGCUGUUACCUCCAGACCUACCACUGCCCCAGCUCCUGCCUUUGGGACACAGAAGGGACUGGCCACAACAUCAAGCACAUCCUCCGACUCCACCACUGUUCACAGAAAUCCUGCCCCUGAACUCGCACUCACCAGUGGGAUUACAAUGCCGGCAGCCUUGCUCUACCCCUUCGGCGCAAAGGAAGGGGACCAGGAGUGUGUCCAGAGGACAGUGGAUUUUAACUCCCCCCUGUUCAAGCCAGAGAUUGGGUUCCCCUUUGGGAAUUCACUGCAGGAUGCUCUCUACUUUACAGAUAAUGGACAGAUCAUUUUCCCACCCACGGACAACUACGUCCCCUCCAAUCCCAACCCACCUCCCCAGGGCUUCAGUGGCCAGGAGGGUUUGCCGAUGGUGGCUGCCUUCUGGGACGACGCAGAUUUCUCCCAGGGUGUCGGCACUACUUGGUACCAGGAGUACUCCACACUCAGCUCUAUUCGAGACCCCCUUGUUCAUGAUGUGGAAGCAAAGAUCAAGAAAUACCUGAAAAUCCCCUAUGUAGCAAAAUGGACCUUGAAGGUGACAUGGGAGAAGGCUCCAGCAUACCCAUCCCAGAGGAAUGACACUCGGACGAGCACCUACCAGGCAAUACUCACCACUGAUGGGAACUGUUCCUUCACCCUGCUGCUGUACCAGGAUGGCGGGAUGCGGUGGGACUACACCAAGUUGGCUGCAGACAAUGUGCUGAUUGGCUUCUCCAGCGGCAAUGGCUAUGCCCAAAACAACGAGCUGACUCAGAAGCCAGCGUCUGUCAAGUACCGACCUGACCAGCACAGCAGCACCAGCACCGAUGUGCGUGGUCUGUGGAUCUACAGGCUGGACAGCCGCUCUCGGGUGAACUAUAGGCUGCGGUGCCUGGCGUGGCUGGACGCAGAGCCAUCACCAGCCGCCUGGAACGCUCAGCUCCCACCAUGCCCCUGUUCCUGGCCCCAGGCAGAGCUGGACCCCCGCUUCCGCCGCAGUGCAGGCCCAGCAGACCCCUCCGUGAGGAUGCUGCGCACUGCAUGCCCCAGCCCGGCGGGAGCCGGGGUGCGGUGUCUGUACCGAGAUAGGAGCUUGCUUGAAGGCUGGCAGGAGAGAGCAUGGAGCCUCCUCAUUCACCCCGCCACUGAUGGGGAGCUGGAGGCAUUUGACUGGUGCUGCCGGCGCGUUGGGAAGCCCCUGUUCUGUGCAAGGUUUGCUGAGAAGAGACCAAGGGUUGGCUGCGAGGGAUAUGUGCCACCCACCCCUGCUGGUGCCUUUGGGGACCCCCACAUCACCACUAUGGAUGGACUCACCUACACCUUCAAUGGGCUUGGGGACUUUGCCCUGCUGCUGGCUAGUGAUGCCCAGACCAGCUUUGUGCUGCACGGCCGCACAGUCCGGACUGGCAUGGCUCAGGCCACCAAUUUCGUGGCCUUUGCCGCCCAGUACAUCUCCUCCACCACCACCACAACAGUUGAGUGGACCCUGGGGAGCUGGGGUGAUAUCCAAGUCCUCCUGAACCAUGAAAGCAUCCAGUUCUCCUAUGCCCAAGACAUGGGUGCUGAGGUGUACUACAGCCCUGGUGUCCUGCUGGUCAAUGCCUCUUCUAUCACAGCUGUUUUCAACGGGGCCAUUGCCAUCACCAUCUCUGCCACCUCCAGGAUCCUCAGCAUGGUCUGCAGCCUUCCCGAUCAAUACCACAACAGCACCAAGGGCCUCCUGGGUGUGUGGGACCAUGACCCCGCAGACGACUUCCAGAUGCCAAAUGGUACCAGCAUCCCUGUGAACAGCAGUGAGGAGGAGAUCUACAGCUAUGGUUUGACCUGGGCUGUUGGAGGGCACAGCCUGUUUACUCAGCCUCUGGGCUUACCAGCAAUGAACUUCACACCCAUCUUCUUGUCUCAGCUGCGGCAGGAGGGUGAAAGCCAGUACCAGCUGGCAGCCUCACAGUGCCGUGGCAGCAAGGAGUGCAUCUAUGAUUCACUGAGCACAGGGGACAUGGCCCUGGGUCUGGCCACCCAGAGCUUCACAGCCGACUUCCAGCAGAAGAAGACAGUACUCAAUGCCUUCCCUCCCAUCAUCACUGGUGACGCAUCACUCACAGCCUUUAGGACAGAAAGGAUCAGGAGGCAGUACCAUGCUGUGGGGCUGGGUGCACACUUUGUCCCCCACCUCUCACCAGAGCUCAACAUAUCGGAGAGUGGCACCUUGACGUGGGAGCCCCGUGGGACAGCCCCGCUCACCAUCGACCUGGAGGCUAUUGGGUCCAACAACCUCUCUGCCCUCCUCCAGCUCCACUUCACACUUUGCAGCUGCAGCAGGAUCCAGGAGUGCGAUUACAGCAACACUGUCACUGUGGAGGGGUCCUCCCUGCAGUUGGCAGCCUGCAGGUGUGAGGGCGGCUACUCGGGUCCCUUCUGCCAGGACCCUCCGGACCCCUGUGCCCAGGGAUGCUUCCCUGGAGUGCGCUGCGACUCCCUUGCUGGCUGCGGCCCCUGCCCAGCCGGCCUGACUGGUGACGGGCGGCACUGCUCAGAUAUUGACGAAUGCGCUCAGGGGGCAGCGUGCCCAGGGAACACCACGUGCACCAACACGGUGGGCAGCUACGCCUGCUCCUGCCCAGCUGGCGUGGAGGGGGAGGAGCCAGGCUGUGCCUCAGCCUGCGGCUCUCGCUCCUGCCCCGCGGGAUACUGCAGUAAUGGGGGACACUGCCACCUGCACCCCCUCACCUGCACCCCCAGCUGCGCCUGCCCCCCGGCCUUCACCGACCAGCGCUGCCUGGUGGCAGGGGGGGAUUUUCGGCCGCUGCCCAGCGCAGGCCUGCCCCGGAGGAGCAUCCGGCUGCGGGCCAGGACGCUGCGAAACGCCACUGCCGAGGAAGUCAAUGGCACUGUCUCAGCCAUCCUGGCCUCCCUGGAGGUAAAGGCUUUCCAGUGCAACACCAACAUCACCCAAAUGACAGACAGUGAUGGCUUCACCUUCACGGUGGUGUCUGAGUUUGCCUAUGACAGCCGUGGCACCGUCAUCCAAUUCCUGAAUGAGGAGCUGCCGGGGGCCAUCACCGGCGCCUUCAACAGACACUGGGGACAGCGGGAAGCAGGCACUCGCCUCCUCUUCCAGCACCUGCACCGGGACAACAUCACUGACCUGGUGAAGUUGACAGUGGCUGAGCUGAGGCACUAUUUCCCUUGCAAUCUGUAUGGUUACAAAGGAUACCAGCUUCACUACGUGGGGACCAUUGGCUUCGUCUGCAUCUCCCCUUGCAAGAAGGGCUACUGCCAGCAUGGUGGCCAGUGUCAGCACCUGCCCGAGGGUCCCACCUGCAGCUGCCUGCCCUUUUCCAUGUUCUCUCCAGCCGGUGCCCAGUGUGAGCAGCUGGCCAUCAGCUUCACUGCCUUCCUCAGCAUCUUGCUGGUAGUCGUGGCUCUGCUCUGCCUCUCACUUGCCAUCGUCUGCCUGGCCUCACACCUCUGCCACCAGCAGCGCCGCCGGCACGAGGGGGCCAGGGACACCUUCUGGAUGCCACGGCCCUUCUCCUCUCUGACGAUGGCAGGAGAGCAAGCAGAGCCCAUCCACUGUCACCCCAUGGAAAGCCUUUGGGAACUGCAGCUCCAGCCCAUUGACCCCCUAGUCCAGAUGAGGAUCCAGAGACCCCACAUCAGGCCUCCAAGCCAGCUCCCCCAUCAGCCUUAGCUUGCCACUGGUCCUGCCCCAGCACCUCUGGGCUCACAGAGAAGCCAGCUGCUGCUUUCAGCCCCACCACCCGCUCUCAAGGUCUUCAGCAACAACGCCUGCAUGGAGGCAGGGGACUGGCAGCUGUCCUUUGGAGCCUAGUGUUUGUGGGAGGACUCACUCUGGAGGAGGUGUUUUCAUUGAAUCAAAAAUGUGCUAUUACAGUGGGUGGCCAAAGCAAGAGGAUUUUACCUUCCACUGAGGACCUUGCAGAGGCAACUGGGUUAAUCCUUGAGUGUGUAUGCACUGGGGUAUGCUUUAGUGCAACAUAACCAGACCUAGCAGAGCCACUGAUAUGGUCAAGUGGAACAAUGCAGUGAUUAUAACCCAUUAGGAACAAAAUAGAAUAAAUCAACAAUGAUGGCA